AUGCUGGAUCUGGGUCCGUUCACAGACCCGAACUUCGACCCGAAGAAGUGGGUGAACUCGGCGUGUCAAAGUCGGCACCCACAGGACUCAGUCGACAAGCACCUGGUGGAUCUCGAGAUGAAGCUCCAGAUGGUGUCGGAGGAGAUCGCAGCUUCGCUCGAGGAGCAGAGCGCCUCCUCCCUCCUCCGCGUCCCACGUGCCACACGUGACGUCGUUCGCCUCCGGGACGACGCCGUCACACUCCGCUCGGCCGUCUCCUCCAUCCUCGACAAGCUCAAGAAGGCAGAGGGAUCCUCAGCUGAGUCUAUAGCGGCGCUUGCGAAAGUUGAUAUAGUGAAGCAGAGGAUGGAAGCUGCAUAUAAGACAUUGCAGGAUGCUGCUGGGUUAACUCAACUGAGUGCAACCGUGGAGGACGUGUUUGCUAGUGGUGAUCUUCCUCUCGCUGCUGAACAUUUAGCCAGCAUGAGGCAUUGUUUAUCUGCUGUUGGGGAGGUUGCUGAAUUUGCUAACAUAAGGAAGCAACUUGAGGUCUUAGAGGAUAAGCUUGAUUCAAUGGUGCAACCACGUCUAACAGAUGCAAUAUCCAAUCGCAAGGUUGACAUUGCUCAAGAUUUGCGUGGAAUUCUCAUUCGAAUUGGGAGAUUCAAGUCCAUGGAAUUACAUUAUACAAAAGUUCACCUAAAGCCCAUAAAGCAGCUCUGGGAAGAUUUUGACUCAAAACAACCACCGCCUAAUAAGCUUGCUACUGAGAAAUCUCAAGUUGAAAGGCUAUCCACUACUAGUGAAUCUCAAUCAACUGCUCCCACAAUUCUUUUCUCCAGCUGGCUUCCAAAUUUCUAUGAUGAGCUGCUACUUUAUCUUGAACAAGAAUGGAAGUGGUGUACGGUUGCCUUUCCUGAGGAUUAUAAAUCUCUUGUUCCAAAGCUGCUAGUUGAGACAAUGGCAGCUGUUGGGGCUAGUUUUGUUUCUCGUAUCAACCUUGCGACCGGAGAUGUUAUUCCUGAAACAAAAUCAUUAGCAAAAGGUAUAUUAGAUAUUCUCUCGGGUGAUAUGCCAAAGGGUAUCAAGAUCCAGACAAAGCAUCUGGAGGCUUUGAUUGAAUUACACAACAUGACCCAGACCUUUGCAAGGAAUAUUCAGCACUUGUUUUCAGAAUCUGAUCUCCGUGUUUUAAUGGAUACGCUAAAGGCAGUGUAUCUUCCAUAUGAAUCAUUUAAACAGAGGUAUGGACAGAUGGAGCGAGCUAUACUUUCUGCUGAGAUUGCUGGGGUGGAUCUAAGGGGUGCUGUUACUCGUGGUGUGGGAGCUCAGGGAAUUGAACUUAGUGAAACAGUUCGCAGAAUGGAGGAAUCCAUUCCCCAAGUAAUUGUACUUCUUGAAGCAGCCGUUGAGAGAUGCAUCAGCUUGACUGGAGGUUCUGAGGCAGAUGAGCUAAUUCUUGCAAUUGAUGAUAUAAUGUUACAGUAUAUUUCUACCUUGCAAGAAACCCUGAAAUCAUUAAGAGUUGUCUGUGGAGUGGAUCAUGGUAGUGAUGGUCUUGGUUCAAAGAAGGAGGUGGGAUUGGAUAAGAAGGAUGGCCAAAGUGCACGUAGAGUUGAUUCGAUUUCAAAUGAGGAGGAGUGGUCCAUUGUGCAAGGUGCUCUGCAAAUCCUCACAGUUGCAGAUUGUCUAACUAGCAGAUCCUCUGUAUUUGAAGCUUCUCUGAGAGCUACUCUUGCUAGAUUAAGCACAACUCUCUCUGUUUCAGUUUUUGGUUCAAGUGUGGACCAAAACCUGUCACAUGUUCCUAGUGAUGACGGAAAUGGGGAACCUUCUUUGGGUGGAAGGGCUGCCUUGGAUGUGGCAGCUGUGCGGCUCAUUGAUGUUCCUGAGAAGGCUCGAAAACUCUUUAACCUUUUAAAUCAGUCUAAAGAUCCCCGGUUUCAUGCACUUCCACUUGCGUCUCAGAGAGUUGCCGCAUUUGCUGACACAGUUAAUGAACUUGUAUAUGAUGUUCUUAUCUCUAAAGUACGACAACGCCUCAGUGAUGUUUCUCGGUUGCCAAUAUGGUCCUCAGUUGAAGAACAAAGUGCUUACCAUCUCCCAACCUUCAGUGCUUACCCUCAGGCCUAUGUAACUAGCAUUGGUGAAUAUCUUCUUACUUUACCACAGCAGUUGGAGCCUCUUGCGGAGGGUAUCUCCAACAGUGAUGCUAACAAUGAUGAAGCCCAGUUUUUUGCAACAGAAUGGAUGUUCAAGGUCGCAGAAGGUGCCACUGCUCUUUACAUGGAGCAACUGCGAGGGAUUCAGUACAUCACGGAUCGAGGAUCGCAACAGUUAUCUGUUGACAUUGAGUAUCUAAGUAAUGUUCUUUCUGCCUUGUCAAUGCCAAUUCCUCCGGUCCUUGCCACAUUUCACACCUGCCUUUCAACCCCAAGAGACCAGGUCAAAGAUCUUCUCAAGUCAGAUUCAGGAAAUCAGCUUGAUCUUCCAACUGCAAACCUUGUAUGUAAGAUGCGGCGUUUGAAUCUAGAAUAG